UUUUCUUGUCUCAUUCCUUUGUUGCCAUGGUAACCUUCCACAUCCCCCAAAUUGCCCCUUCGUCUGGCUGAUGGGUGGUCUUUUUUCUUUCCUGCAAUAAGGUCGGUGCACAUACCGAGCUUGUUGUUUUGUUGUCUGUAUCUCUUUCUGUAUUUCUACUUCUUUUUUAUGUUUUUUUUUUGUACGUUGGAGAAGGCUGGAGACCACAUGACGGCGAAUUGAUGUGACUGGCCGCAGAUGGAGACGUGCGAGUUGAGCUUGAGUGGCUCGGGCCUCUGAGUGCCACAUUUCUCUCGGCCCUCCUGCAGUGUGGUUUUCCAAACAAUGCAUUUGCACCGAACAGUCCUCCCCGUUCCUUUCCCUCCGACACACACGUAUUAUUAAAUCCUCAAACGGUUCGUGACACAGAAUAUAAACACCCUUAUCAGACGAAGCUCUGCUGCAAAGCCAGUACCGAAAAGAGGAAGCGCGGUCUCUCACUAGUGCUUAUCUUCCUGUUCGAUCUGGUGACGUUUUCUCUUUUUUUCGGUCUGUCUUUAAAGCAGCGGUUGAAAAGUAAGUGCAGACAGGUCAUUUCAAUGUUUGAGUUCACAAGGCCUCCGUUUAAAGUGAGUGCAGAGCUACUUGUGAUAUUGCUGUUUUGACAGUUUUGCCGAGUUACGGAACUCAGCUGAGCUGGAGUCACCUGAAUCUGUCGAGCCGCUCUGGGAGUGCUGAAGACGUAUAAAACCUUUGUACACGAGGAGCAGAUAUGUGGAGGUUUGCAUUGCAAUCAGCAUCUUGUAUGGCUGGUCGGUGUGUGACUCCUCUGCAGCAGCUGAUAGUUGAGAAAUACAGUAAAGGAAACUUACAGCGACUCCGUCAAACAUGUCGAUGAGGAAGCGUCUCUUCUUUCUACGGUGGUUUAUAUUUAGGAACUUCUUAGAAAUGUAUUAAAGCAGAGUGGACACUUUCUAAUUGUUUUGACAGGCCCAAAGAAGUGAACGUCACAGUUUGAUGAGGAGCAAUGGACAAUGCUUUCUUGGCAAACGAAAAAGAGGAAGAACCUCUGGACGUGGAAUUUUUCCAGGGAGAGAAAACGAAAAUCAUUCAGCCAACAUCUCUAAAUGACCCCAAACUCGAAACGUUGAAGCAGGCGUUGACUGAUUGGAUCAAUGGCGUGCUGAAACAAGAGCACAUCGUGGUGCAGAGCCUGCAGGAGGAUCUGUACGACGGACUGGUCCUCCAUCACCUGCUGUCCAAGCUGGCCGGGGUUCACCUGCCCGUGGAGGAAAUAGCUCUGACCAGCCCCGCGCAGACCCGCAAGCUGGAGGUGAUCCUGGAGGAGCUGGACAGGAGGCUGGGCCCGGACGCCGGCGGCCCGGUCAGGUGGAGCGUCAAACUCAUUCACAACAAAGACCUUCUGGCCACUAUUCAUCUGCUGGUUGCCAUGGUGAGAUGUUUCCAGCCUGAAGUGAAUCUGCCACCUAAUGUGAAGAUUGAAGUUAUAGUCAUUGAAGUCACCACAAGUGGAAUAAAGUCAGAUGUGCAGGUGGAGGUUCUAACAGAAGAAAGCGAUAAAGGCCCAGACUCCAUCAGCAAGUCUGAAAGGGAAGAUCCCAUCGAACAGCUGCUGAAGCUGGAGGCUCACAAGGUCAACACGGUGAAGAAGGCCAUAUUACACUUUGUCAACCAGAACAUGUCAGCUAUGGGUCUUCAGGUGGCUGAUAUGGACAAACAGUUUUCCGAUGGGGUGAUCCUGCUGCUGCUGAUCGGACAGUUGGAAGGCUUCUUCAUCCCGCUCUGUGACUUCAACCUGACCCCUGUUAAUCACUCUGAAAUGCUUCAUAAUGUGACCUUAGCCAUGGAUCUCUUGAACGACAUGGGCCUGGAAAUAACCAGUGUUGACCCCCAAGAUAUUGUCUCUCAGGACGUCACUGCCACCUUGAAGGUCCUGUACACCCUGUUCAAGAAGCACAAAGGGAAAUGAAGGAAGUCGGCUACCAUUCCAGACACAGAUGGAAACCCUUACCUCAUGCUUAAGAAAUACUUAAUGCUGUUCAUGCCGUAUAGGUCCAGUAAGUCAUUUUAGAGCAAAAUCAAUUAAUUUUAUUGUCCUCAGUUUUACCUCAAAGAGCUUGACUUCGAACUUUCGUGAAUUUCACGUUGAUGCACAUUUCUAAGGAAACAGAGCAGCAGAACAUCAUGUCAUGCUUAGCGUUCACCAUCCAGUUUCACAAAAAUUGCAUUGAAAAUUUAAGUAAACUGUGAAAAUAGCUCUCUAUCAACUAUUAGUCUGAUUGGAAUAACUAGCACUACGUUGCUGGCUAGCGUGUGUGUUAAUGAUUAGCUCAGCACCCAGUCACAACGUUGAGCGCUGCUUGUACAAGAGCGCCUAGAGGGCACCGUCCCAAGGGACUUGGUGGCUCCAGGCUCCCUGUGCAUUAAUUGGCUGCAUGGAACUGGAUUUAACGUAGAAUUGUUAGGAAUUUGCACCAUCAUUUGUGAUUCGGACCAAGUUUGACCUCCGUGUCAUGGCCCACUCCUAAGUCGGCGUUUGUUGCGCCCGUCCUGCUCUGACUGGACAUUUAUGACCUAUUAUAAUGCCACAUUUAUGUCUAUUUGUAUUCAUUUAUAUCUUACUCAAUCCGCAGAGGUUUUCCUUCAGUAUAUUUCUGUUCCAGUUUGAAACUUCUGCAGCGUUGUUCCUAUAGCACACCUGUCUCGACUGUCACUUCUCGAUACAUUGCAUGAUUUUUAUUUCUCCCAGCUCCUUCUGUUGUAUGUUCCUGCUGACGGUUUGUGACCUUCUCUUUUUCUAGUCUGUGAAAGCAAUUGUCAAUUUCUGAUUUUUAUGUUUCUUAUUUAUUUAUUUUUCUGCUGAAUUGUUCACAACUCUGUCACACAAACGUAGACGUAGCACAGCAGGCAGCAACAAAGGCAUAUGUGAAUGACAGACACACAAUAGACCAUAAAUAAAAGGCAGACAAUCAAAGCAUAUUUGAAAUGAUGUGUCAAAUUUUAAAAAAAUCACCUAGAACUGGAAAAAUCCACUUAAUUAUUCUCUAUCUAGCAAAAGAAAAAUAAAUUUAUUCAAAGCCAUUAGCGACCUGUUAUUGAAAAUUCAUUCUGUUUAGCAACUCAGUUCUUUUGUGAUAAAUUAUAAACAGUCUGUCACUGAUGCUUUGUUUGUAAUUUUGUGGAUUCCGAUUGUGCAUUAGCUGUUUUGUUUAAAGGCUAAAGAAUGAAACUGGAACAACAGUAAAUAGCAACGACAGCCACGUUCACACUUCUCAUCAUCUCUACUGCUUUUGCAGAUGUUUGUUGACAUCCAGAAAACCAAUUUAAGCAUAUCCGCCAUGCUGAUAGAAAACCCACCCUGAUUCACAUUUAAUUUCCCCUGACAUUUCCACAAGUUUGCAUGAACUUUGCUACUGAACGCUACUGUAGGUAUUCAGAUAGAAACAUAACCGCUGAUUUAUGGCUUACGUGUAGCUGCACUAAUGUGAUUCCCUCUCUCCGCUUUGGUGAUAUAAUUCUGGCCAUCGUGCAGCCGGUUUAGUCAAAACAUGUGUUGUACACGACCUGCUCCAAAUUAAAGCGCUCAGAAAGACAGAAACAUGCUGCUGAACAUAGUGGAGCAUUUAGAAGCUCAUAGAUCAAUAGAGAACCCAUGACCUUGCAUGAUUGUAAACCAGAUCUGAUUCUAGCAAUUGAAUUACAUUAUGCUUUGUGAAAACAGAAACCGCUGUGUUACAUUGUCUAUCCAUGCGCUUUGAAAGUUAAGAUUUCUUCAAUACAGAUUUACACGACAGCCCAGUGAGCCGGCAGCUCUCAGGGCUUUUAUUUUAAACUCUUGUAUCAGACACAAGUGCCAGGAUUAUUUAUUAUUCCUGUUAUAAAUUACUAGAACUUUCUAGUUAUUAUACUUUAUUGUGAGUUGAUGCUGUUUCCUUUUUUUUUAAGCUUGCACAUUUUUAUAAUGAUGACACACGGUGGCUAAGUCUCAGCACCUUCUAAGUAGUUGUAUUCAAACACUGGCGUGACUUGUGCACGGAUCCUGGUGACACAGGAUAAAUUGAGUAAAAGCAAAAGGGAAGAUUAAUCUCUUUUAGCCACAUAUGCAUAUCAGCAAAAAGGUCACAGCUUAGCCUGUCACCAGCUUCUAAUCCAUCCAAACAAACAAGGAUAAAUUUCAGGACAAACAAGGAUUAAAGCUCCGACUUCUUCUACCUUAGAAAACCUACAGCGUAUCACAACCACUUACUUUUCAUUGCUCUGGGACAAUGUGUAUAGUAAAUAAUUUAUUUUCUUGGGGCCAAGAACAUUGUGGAAAAGCCUUUCUGAGGCUACAGUAAAUGCAUUGUUCUGUCUGGGUGACCACAGUAUUAUUCAUUAUACAUUCAACUGUUUGAAGGAGGACAAAUGCUGUCAGUGUGGUGUUUUAUUCUUCUAAUGUAACGGUGCCGUGUAAAAAUGAACCUGCUAUUUCAUUAAAAAGAUAUCAAGUCAAAAUUUGAAUUUAUGCUUUUGAAUUAUAGGUUGUAAAGUUAACCCUGUAUGUUAAUUUUUAAGCGUGUUGUUACAAAACCAUCAAUGUUUAUUCAUGUGUGAUGGCUCUGUCAAAUAAAAAUUUCUGAAGAACCA